GAGCUUGGCAGCUGGUGAGAUGCGGUGGAGGGACGUGUCAGGACAGUUGUUCUCGUAGACAAUAACCAUUCUAACAACUAUCUUCACCGUCGACAACGGUCCUCGAAUAGCUCCGUUUUAGAAUAAACUCUGAGCACAGAAGCAGCAACUGCAAAGAGGACAAACAUGCCUGCUCUCCCUGCAUCAACCUAUAUCGGCAGCUCACCCCCGUCUCCGGUGGACGGCAGCCCCAGAAGGCUGUCCUGGGGCAAACUGGUGCAAAGACUGACUGAUUUCAGCACAUCGGCCAACAGCAGCAUCGAGUUGGGGUACAACAAUGGCAGCAGGAGUGAUCUGUCAGACUCGGGGUCAGACAUGUCCAGUGACCUGUCUCCAUCUAAUGAAGACCUGUUUUACAGUCCAUUGGAGGAGACCAUCCUGAAAGAGGUAGUGGACCUUAUUGCACGAAGCCUAAGAGAGGCCAAAGACUCGGACUGCGCCUUACGAUGUACCAAACUGCUCAUCCCCGAGAAACUGCUGGAGCACAUCGGACAGGAGCUCCUUCACCUGGCAGCUAGUGAGCCCUGCGGUUUAAGAGGGGCUCUCAUUGACCUUUGCGUGGAGCAAGGGGCUGUCUGUGAGAGCAUGGGGCAACUAUCCGUGGACCCCUACCUUGUCCCCACCUUUCAGCUGACUCUGGUGUUGAGGCUGGAGUCUGGCGGGCUGUGGCCCAAAAUCCAAGGACUCUUUAGCACAAAGUCUCCUUCCACCCCAGUAGUGAGACAAGCUAUUAAACUUAGUACUGGUUUCCGUGUGAUAAAGAAGAAACUGUAUUGUUCUGAAGAACUGGUGGUUGAGGAAUGUUGAGAAAUGCAAGGGACUGUCAAUAUGCAUUUUCAAAAUGUCCAGUUAAUCUCACAGAAGGGCCUUAUUACUAUUACUGUGUGUGAUGCCUUCUGAAGUGUAAGGAUGGACUUUGUCUAGAUGUAGCCUACUAUUCCGAAUGUAAAGGAGUUGAAGUUAAAGGUACCUGGAGCAGGUGUUGCUUCAACACUUACUCCUCAUAAUGUGUAACCAUCAUGCUAUAUCUGGUAAAUAGGCAUUUUUGCAAUUAUUAAAGUGCGUACCUCAGUUUCUAUUGAAACCACACGAUGGCAGCUAGCUGUAUGGU